AUGACGCAGGCUGACAAUCCAGUUCCCAGCUGUAGUAUGCUGCCCGAGCGGCAGCGCUGUUCUGCAGACUAUGAGGAGCCACUAUUGUUGCAUGAAGAACAACUAAUAUUCCCUGAUCAUUCCUCCCAGCUAUCGUCAGCAGAUAUCAUCGGGCCUAUUAAGAUGGGCAGCAGUACAGACUCCAUCAUUGGGUCUACGCUGGGAAAAAGGUCGGUGCCCCUAUCUUCAACGCAGAUCACAGCUCUUUCUGGCGCAUUCGCUGGUUUCUUAUCGGGUGUAGCAGUUUGUCCCCUCGAUGUUGCCAAAACACGAUUGCAAGCACAGGGACUACAAACCAAAUUUGAGAACCCUUACUACAAGGGGAUAUUGGGGACUCUGAGCACUAUAGUAAGAGAUGAGGGCCCACGAGGCCUUUACAAAGGGCUGGUACCGAUUGUCCUGGGCUAUUUCCCGACGUGGAUGAUCUACUUUUCCGCUUAUGAAUUCAGCAAGAAAUUCUUUUAUGGCAUUUUUCCACAGUUUGAUUUCAUUGCUCAAUCGUGUGCUGCAAUUACGGCGGGUGCUGCAUCCACUACACUGACCAACCCUAUCUGGGUGGUGAAGACAAGACUAAUGUUGCAAUCAAACCUUGGCGAGCAUCCUACACACUACAAAGGCACUUUCGAUGCCUUCAGGAAAAUAUUUUCUCAGGAAGGGUACAAGGCAUUAUAUGCGGGGCUGGUCCCCUCAUUAUUAGGAUUAUUUCACGUUGCUAUCCAUUUCCCUAUAUACGAAGACUUGAAAAUAAGAUUUCAUUGCUAUUCUCGGGAGGACAAUGCCAAUUCCAUCAACUUAAAACGAUUGAUCAUGGCUUCAUCGGUUUCUAAGAUGAUUGCCUCAGCCGUAACAUAUCCACAUGAAAUAUUACGAACCAGGAUGCAAUUAAAAUCAGAUAUACCAGAUUCCAUCCAACGACGUCUGUUCCCACUUGUUAAAGCGACAUAUGCGCAAGAGGGGCUCAAAGGAUUUUACUCUGGAUUUAGUACAAACCUAGUACGAACCAUUCCAGCCUCGGCAAUCACCUUAGUAUCCUUCGAGUACUUUAGAAACCGCAUGGAGAAUAUUAGGACUGUGGAAAUUUAG